GUUUGGGCAGAGGUGUGCAUAAAAAGUGCAAAGAAAAAAGAAACAAGAGAAACAUCGAGCCGUGGUUCGCGGAGAAGUAGUUUGAUCGCUACAAAAUAUGGAAACAAAAUAAAAUUUAAAAUUUUUUGUAUUACACUCAAUCUAGUUUAACAACAAGAUUUGAUUAAAUCGUUGAAUGGUAGAAAGAAAAUCCAUAAGAAAAUAGAUUAAAGGUAUUUUUUUUUUUCAUUCUGUGUUGCAGAACACGGAGGAAGAAAAAAAAAAUAAUAAAAAUAUAACCUCCCCAAAAAAAGAAAACUAAAAAAAAAAUAAAAAAAAAAUCUGUGCAAGCUGUUUAAGAAAAAAAGCUCUAUAAAAGAUGUAUUCCUCUAAAUGGCAACAAAUGCAGACUCGUUUUUAUCGAAUAAGUUCUCCACUUGGAAAGUAGGUGCCGGAUAGAAGCUUCAAAAAUGAGAAGACGAAUUCCCUUGCCACUCCCCAAUACUGGGUCGAUGUAUAGGCGCAGAAAUGCUUAUUGCAUACGUGCUACAAUAACAAUUUUCGUACUUUUCAUUUUAUUGCAAAUACACGUAUCGUACUAUUCUGAAUCUCGAGAUCCAAUUGUGGGCGAACCAACGAAUGAUUCAACCGCAGCCAUAUUAUCGAUGGUGCCAUCGGUUUUUCACAAAUUUCUUAAAGUGAAAACUCGUAAUCAGACCGUUACUGCAGUCGAUCUUUUAGCAAAUCACAAUGGAACACAAAAUCUUUACCUAGAAGUCUAUCAUCCACCAAACAUAACUGAAAUUAAGCGAAUGAUUGCCAAAUACAAUGAACUACAAAUAGUUUUAAAUGAGGAUACUUUUGGUCCCCUUCAAAAUGAUUCUGUGAUAAUAGUGAUACAGGUUCACACGCGCAUCACAUACCUUCGCCAUUUAAUCGUGAGCUUAGCACAAGCUCGUGAUAUUUCAAAAACCUUAUUAAUUUUUUCUCAUGAUUAUUAUGAUGAGGAUAUUAAUGACUUGGUGCAAACAAUAGAUUUUUGUAAAGUAAUGCAGAUAUUCUAUCCAUUUUCUAUACAAACCCAUCCACAUGAGUUUCCUGGAGUGGACCCCGGUGACUGUCCACGAGACAUGAAAAGAGAUCAAGCAAUUAUACGAAAAUGUAACAAUGCAUUGCACCCAGAUUUGUAUGGCCACUAUAGAGAGGCUCCAUUUACCCAAACUAAACACCACUGGUGGUGGAAAGCGAAUAGGGUAUUUGAUCAGUUGGAAGUAACACGCUUUCAUACUGGUUUGGUUUUGUUCCUAGAAGAAGAUCAUUAUGUCGCUGAAGAUUUUCUUUAUCUGCUGGAAUUGAUGGAAAAACGAGCAAAUGAUCUAUGUCCACAAUGCAAUAUAUUGUCAUUGGGAACGUACUUAAAAACAUUUAAUUACUAUACAUAUAAUAGCAAGACAAAUAAAAAAACCUAUAAUGGUCAAUAUUCUUCGCUAAUCGGUUCUAACAGUCUGUUAGGAUAUACUUUCAAAGGCAAUAACAAAAAUAUAAUUGAUGUUAAACAAAAACAUAACUCGAAUAAAAAUACUAAUAGUAACACUGAGCACAAAGGCAAGUCCAAUAAUAAUAAUGGCUUGAAAAGUCACUAUGCCGACAGUGAAACAAAUAAUGCACUAACGACUGAUAAAAGUACAGCACAACAAACUUGGAGCUAUCACGUCCUACCAUCAUUGUAUUCAGUUUAUCAGAAGGUCGAAGUGAUGCCAUGGAUAAGUAGCAAACACAAUAUGGGUUUUGCUUUCAAUCGAAGCACUUGGCAUGGUAUACGUGUAUGUGCGAAGCAUUUUUGUUCAUAUGAUGACUACAAUUGGGACUGGUCGCUGCAGCAUGUUUCGCAACAAUGUUUGGGCAAAAAGUUACAUGCAAUGAUAGUUAAAGGACCUCGUGUCUUUCAUAUAGGAGAAUGUGGAGUUCAUCAUAAAAAGAAAAAUUGUGAAUCUAAUCAAGUGAUCUCAAAGGUGCAACAAGUACUUCGUAUCGCUCGAAAUGCUGGUCAAAUGUUUCCCAGAUCUCUAACGCUGACAGUUGUAAGUUUAAUUAAGAAAACAAAAUUACGCAAAGGCAACGGUGGAUGGGGUGAUUUACGUGAUUUUCAACUUUGUAUGAAUACGACAAUUCCAACAAGGUGAACUAGUUUCUUAUAGAAAAAAAAAACAACAAAACUAGCAUAUUUUUUAUUUCAAAAAACCAAACAAAAAAAAUUAAUAACAAACCAAACUUCAACAUAGAAUCUGCUAUAAAUUUUGAAAAAACUAACAACUUUUACAUAAAAAAAAACCUAUAACAAUAUAACAUAGAUUAAUGCUUAUUCAAGUAUCGAUUAAUUAAGGGGUGCAUAUUUAUACUAAACAAAAAAAAAACAAAAAUCUUUUUAUUAAAAGUACACAAACACAACAUCGCAGGUACUAAAAAAACACCCUCUUCAAGUGUAUGUAAAAACAAAAAAUAUAAAUCGUAUUUAAUUAUACGAAGAAGAAGGAAUGUUUUAUAUAGUUGAAAGUUUAUAGUGUUUUAUAAAUUUUAUUAAUAACUAAAAAAAAAAAAUAACAAACUCAAUGAUUCGAAAUAAAAGUACCUCCAGUGUACACUCUAGUCAAAUUAUUUUUGAUAAUAUUCAAAUCAAAUUCAUUCUCAAUACAACACACAUACACCUUAGAAAUCUCUCAUAUUAUAUGCUUGCAUUAAUAAACACACCAACAAAUUAAUACUCUAACUCUAAUUAAAAAAAAAAAAAAAACGAAAAAAUAACAUCCCCAUGUGUUCCUUUCUCAUUCUUUUACUUAUUCUAGUAAGGCCUCUAGUUUGUAGAGAAAAAAAUAUUUAAACAAAAAAACGGAUCAGUUAACCAGCCCUAUUUGGAUAUAAUAACCGUCUUUCAACCUUAUUAAAAAUGUUCAAUUAAAAAUCAAACUCAAAAACAAAUGUAAUCAUAUUUUGUAGAGUAAAAAAACAAAACACUGGCAACGCGGCCCAUAAAAGUGAAGUUCUGCGUUCACAAAAAUAUCAGUAACGAAUAUCCCUUCACUGUCAAAAAUGACUGUCAAACUAAAAAUUGGUGAAUGACCGCGAUAUUUCGCGACUUCAAAAACGAGAGCUUCAAAAUAUUGUUUUUGAAUAUUUUCCUCUCCCAAACCAAACGACUUUUUGUUGUUGUGACAGUUCCCGCUUAGCUGUCAAAUUUGAAGCUAGCCUUGAAUUAAAAUUCAGACUUUGAAUGAGCCCCAACUCAAGAAUGCUACUUACUAAAUGCAAAAAUCGCAUUCAAGAAUUACACAAAAAUGUGUAUAAAAAAAUCGUUAUCUUUUUUGUUUUCCAGUAAGCCGCUCUAACAGUGAAAUUCAAAAUUGUAGUAGAGUAAUUUUUAACAUUUUCUCCACACAAUUUCUUUAUCCUCACAUUUUUCUUGACCAAAAAGUACGAAAUUUGUUGAGCAUUUCCUUCAAGUCGACUGCGAAAUGCUUACAAAAGCAAACGAAAAACCUAGAAAAUUAAACUUAAAUAAUAUUAGACUUGUUCCAUUGGAGUUGGUACUCAUGAGUAGAUGAUAAGUAGAUCUAGUACUACAUAUGUAUAUCACAUGAGACAUAUGAUCUUCUACUCGAGUAGAUAUGAUGUGCAGUUCGUAGUACUAGAUUUCUACCCAUGAGUAGUCUACCACCUCCAAAGGAACGCAGUCUAUGUACGUUUAAAACCUAAAUCAAAUUGAAAUACUCGUACGCUUGCUCCAACUAUACCGCACUCUCUCAGUGAAUUUGUCUCCAAAUCUUAUGGUCGAUUUCAUAAACAUUUAUCAGGCUUUUAAAUUUUUAAAUGACGUUUUUUGUAUGGAACAAACGUCUUUUUUCGUCGGCCACUUAAAGUAGUAGACCUACUCGAAAAGUAGUAGAAUUUUAAUGGACGAUUGAAGAGAAUAAUAAGGUGCAUCGAAAGAUACGAUCGUAUCGGACAUCAGAAUAGGGCUGAUUAUUUUAAACCUUAACAAAAGACCGUUUUUUUUUGUGCGAAUAUUUUUUUUCAGCAAACCAGAGGUUAAGAGAACAAAAAAUUCAUCGAAUAUAGAUUUUUAUUGUUCCGUCCAAUGUUAUCCUAGCUUUUUGAUUUUAAAUUUGUUUUUAUGAAAUGGCAGUUACUUAAAGAAUGCAUAGCAUCCAAAUUCAUAUCAUUUCAUAAAAGGGUUUUAAUUUUUUACUUAACAGUUAUGUAUUUAUGUGUGUUUUUUUUUUUUAUUAUUUGUUUUUUAAUUUUACUCCUUAGUGUUAAGCAUAAUCUAUCUAUUUCUUAUUUCUUACCCAAUUUGAAUGUCAAUGUUUUUCGUUUUUUAUUAUGUUUGUACACACUUUUAACGACAAGUUUAUUUAUGGUACAUUUUUUGCCUUUUUUUUUUUUUAAAUACGAAAAACGAUGCCAAGAGAAAUAACAAUUAUGUAACACCAGCUUCAGCUGUCAACUUUGACAGUUAUAUUUACUUCAUCAUUGUACUUAGCCAAAAAUGUUUCUUUUAGAAAUUUAAGUAUGUAGCAAGCGCGUUUUCUUUCCAUGUGUGUACUCAUGAGUACUAAAAUUUUCAAAACAACGCACAUUUAAGAUAAUCAAAACAAUUUCCGUCGACUAACAUAGAAGAGCAUGUGAAGUGGGAAGUACACGAUUAUCUUUUUUUUUCUAUGCAGAAGUAGUUUUCCACCACCAAAGAAAAAAGCCUAAAGUAAUAAUGAGUAGAUGAAAACCAUAAUCUAGUACUUUAAACAACUCAUACUCUUCUGCUCAAGAAAAAAGCAAUUGCAUUGAUAUCUUGAGUGUGCGUUCAUUGAAAAUCGCUAGUAAUAUACUAGACCACAAAAGUUCUAGUGUAAAAAAAAUGUUCUACCCGCACACUCUUCAUCUCAAAAUUGUUCACAGGUAGAUAAUGUCUGUGGAAAAAAGUUAUUGAAAAACUGUCAAAAGUAUAUUUAAGGUAAUUUUAAGGCACAGUUUUUCAUUGUAGAGUUAACCUUCAGUAAACUCUGAAUCAUUUUGAGUUUCUCAGUGCAGGAUAAACUAAUCUUUGAGUUGUCGUAAAAAUGUGCAUAUCGGUGUGCGUAACUGUGAAUAGUUCAUAAUGUGUGACAGAGAAUGUCCGAGUUUUAUGGUCUCUGUUCAACUCAACAUAUUUUGCGGAGACAUCUGUCAAAUAUAUUCCUGCACAGCUCUCAUUAUUUUAACUUGUGCCUAUUAGUAUUUUCUAUACUAUUCUGUUAUUUUCUCUCUCAUUUCAAUGCAUUUCCGGGAAGUUGAUUCAAACUUCCAACUAUUUGAAAAGAUUUAAAAAUGCCUGCCAUAUAAAACUGUUCUACUAAGAGUGUGUACGUAAUAGAUUGUUAUUUGUCUUUAAUAAUAUUAGCCCUGUUUCAUUGGAGGUGGUAGUUUACUCGUGAGUAGAAAUCUAGUACAACAGCUACUUCUACUCCUCAAAUAGAAAAUCAUGUGUUAAUUUUAGUACUAGAUCUACUCAUGAGUAAAUUACCACCUCCAAUGGAACUGGGAUACUAUCGUAAAAGGAUCGUCAUUAACACUCAGAAUUGAAUGUACUUAAUACUUAUUUUUUGUGACGUUCAAAGACUGAAUAGUGAGAUUAUGAAUAAAUACUUUACUUUAAUCUGCACCUUUAAAUAAUAAUAACUUUUUUUUCAUUUCACACCAUUUACAUGUAUUAUUGUGCGCUACAUUUUGAUUGUUAAUACACUCGAAUAAAUGUCCUUUUAUCGUAAUGCAUAAUAUUGAAUCUCUGUGUUUUGUUUUUUUAUAAAUCAACACGAAUAUAAAUUAAAAUUUUAAAUAAAAUGUUUUUUGGUGCUAACCAACAAAAAAAAAAACAUUUUUUUCUUUUGAAAAUGCGCACAUUUACCAAAUAAGAAAUUAAAUCGAAAUAAAAAUAUAAAAACAGAACAGGACAUCACAGAUUGUUGAACAAAGUCAGACAGAAAAUCAAUCAAUUUGUUAUUCUUUCUAAAUGAUAUUUAAUUGGAAUUUUAAAACAUUUAAGAAAAAUCAAUUAAAAUUCAACAAAAAAAUCUUUAAAAAAAA